AUGUCCGCCGUCCCCUCCCGCCGCCCCUCCCAGGGCUCCCUCAAGUCCGCCAACGAAGAAGUCAAGGCCGAAGGCGCCGAUGUCCCCGAAGAGCAGAAGGCCGGAUGGGCCAGUUUCAUCAAGAGCUUGACUCGUAUGACUGGCGAUCUGAGCUCUAUGACUGCCCCCCCUUUCAUCCUCUCUCCCACCUCCCUCACCGAGUUCCCUGCCUACUGGUGUCAGCACCCCGACGAAUUCGCCGCCAUCUCCCAGGGCAAGGAUGAGUUUGAGCGUAUGGAGAGGGUUCUGAGGUGGUUCAUCGGUACUCUGCGAGCUCAGUACACUACUCGUAACGAAAAGAUGGGUUCCGAGAAGAAGCCUCUCAACCCCGUCCUUGGCGAGCUUUUCUACGGUGUCUGGCCCGACGUUGGAGGCCGGGGCGAGACCAAGCUUGUCGUCGAGCAAGUGUCCCACCACCCUCCUAUCACUGCCUACUAUAUCGAGAACAAGGUCGCCGGCGUCAAGCUGCAGGGUCACUCUGGCCAGAAGACUUCGUUCACUGGUACAGCUAUCAACGUCAAACAAUCUGGACAUGCCAUCUUGACUGUCCAGCCCAAGACUGGCGGUAAAGAGGAAAAGUACUUGAUCACCCUCCCCCGGCUCAGGAUCGAAGGCGUUCUCUGGGGUAGCCCCUACAUCGAGCUCACCGACUCCAACGCCAUCCAAUCCUCCACCAACCUCACCGCCCAAAUCGACUACAAAGGCAAAGGCUACUUUUCCGGUAAAGCCCACACUUUCAAAGCUACCAUCGCCCCCUCUGCGCACCCCUCCAAGCACACCCAGACUUAUGAAGGUCAAUGGACCGGCGUGUCGAAUAUUGGCAAGAAGGGCCCGGUGUUUUGUGAUUCGACGGUGCAGUUGGAGGAUGUUAGUGUGAAGAGUCUGCAGGAGCAGGGAGAGUGGGAGAGUAGAAAGCUGUGGGAGAAGGUGGCGAAGGGAAUUAGGAGUGGGAACUAUGAUCAGGCUGGACAGGACAAGUCUCGUAUUGAGAACGAUCAACGACAGCGCCGUAAAGAAGAAGAAGCCUCCAACCAGCCCUGGCAACACGUCAACUUUACCCACGUCGAGAGCGAUCUGGAGUACCAGCAGUUGGCGGGCUUGUUGCACGACAAACUCACGCCCCCGCAUGAGGAUGGUUAUAUCUACAAGGGUGAUUUGAGCGCUUAG